GAUCACGGGAUCCAGAUCCAGCAAGCGUGGCAAGUGGUUUCAUUUUAACCGAGAGUUUACAGUGGACGGUACUUGUUGCGCCUGCGAGCUGCUGCACGUAAGCUCUGUGCGUUUGUGUUCCUCGUAGCUUGGUUCAAUACAACAGCAGUUACAACAAACAAUUGGAAUACUGGUUCGUUGAACAUACUCUUCGCCCCAGACUCGGUUGGACAAGCCUGCAUUUCCCGUUCGACUGCUUGUGAAAUUUAUCUUCUUGCGGACGAACGUUAUCGACCAAAAUGGACCCUCCACCAUACAGCCAACCCCAGCAGCCGGUAUACCCACCUCAGGGCACUACUUAUCAGGGAAACUAUCUCCAGCAGCAGCCGGCCGCGGUCACCGUCACCGUGCCGGCCCAACAGGUGACCAGUCAGGUGGUGGUGGUGGGCAACUGUCCCGUAUGCCACGUCGGUAACACGAGGGAGGAGUACACAGCCUGUGGGAUCAUCCUAGCUGUGGUUUUCUUCCCCUUGGGUGUGAUCUGCUGCCUGAUGAUGACGGAGAGGGUCUGCAGUCACUGUGGGGCGCGCACUGGGCCGUAGAGCCACUCCACCGCGGCAGCCUCAAACGGUGUCGCCAGGGAACCCUCAUCAAAGCACUAUUUUUCCCCCACAGAAGAAAACGUAAUGUUAACAAGUGCAUCAGGUUUUCAGAAAUUUCAGUGGGCGCAUGUACACUUUAUCAAAACUUUUGCCAAAAUUGUGACCCGAACGAACAAAAUGAGUCGAAAGUUUAAAGAGCCAAUUUUGAGGGUUUUAAAAUUUUAGUUUAUUUUUGUUUUUGUCCUUUAAGGCCUCUUAAAUCUUACGCAGUGUAAAUCAACAGGCACCCUCAACAUUUCGUCACCAAGAUGACGUCCAUUGUCCUUGGGUACAAUAGAAAGAAAAUUGGUUAAAAAGGGCCUUAAGACCCAUUUUGUUGGGAUUCGGUGACAAAUACGUCACGUUUUAUUUACACUGGGAAGAUGUAAGAUUUUGUUGUAAUAAUCCAGCCUUUCGUCUACAUACACUGUAAUGUAAUAAGCACUAUAAGCUGUCUUAGAGCCUAUGAGAUUGCAAUUUAGAAGCCAACUCAGGUGGGAGACGAUCCUUUCUUGACAUCCAACUUGCUAGUACAGUGUCUUAAUCGUGUCCUGGGUUCGAGUUUGUCGGCAGACCCCCGAUAAGCUCGGUGCUGAAAUGCUUAAGACCAUCUGCACCAGCAUGUACGAAGUCGGAGGUUCGAAACACCGUUGACCUGUCUGACUCUUUCCAAUCUUAAAUAGCUUCCGUACGGCGAGCGCAUAAUAUGAUCACAAUUAUGAGGCGAGAGGGAAAGUUAAUAUUUCUCAGCCAUGAAUUGCCCUAAAACUGUGGGAACUUAGAGUUAGUGAUUGUCGUUUUUUAACAUCUCAGUUGUUGUACUUUUACAGCAACAAGUAAUUUUUUUAAUGAAAAGAAAUUCGAUUUUCAGAACAAAAUAGCGUCAACUCAUUAAAUUUAAGGAUGUCAGAAGUAUUUGAUUGGUAACUUAAAGCCUUUUGCAAGAAACAACAAAUUUAAAGGAAAGGCUUAUUGCAGAAAGCUAAAGUUGAAGUCUUGGUUUAAUUUCACAAGCUCAGAAGUAUCCAUACGUCUACACUACGCACAACAUUAGCAUUUAUAUCGUAUAAACUUAUCGUGAAUCUCUGAAAUGCACUACCGGUAUCUUCAAUGUCAAGCCGAAUCGAGAAAUGAACAUGCUAUUGUCUGUGGCUACGGCUUUUCACUUUGAGGCAGAAAAUGGCCAAAAUUUGAAGCAGUAGGCACAAAUGUUAUAUUCCAACACAUCCUGAUACGAAAGAUGACAGACCGCAGAGAAGUGAAAGAGAUGUGAACUGGCAUUCAAAGAACCUAUUGAGGGGCUUUAAAGUUGAUUCCGAAAGUUCAGACAAGUUUUUUUUUGGGGGGGGGUGUGUGAGGAGAUGGGGGAAGCAUUCCUGAUACAACGGCUUGUUCAAAGAUAAAGUGGUCAAAGUAUGCAUAUUCCAAAUACAUUUAAUAAGGUACGCAGCA